GGCAAAAUUCAGGAACUACGUGCUGAACUCACAUCUGAAAAGCGCGACCAAAAGCAUCAGCGUAAAAAGACAGUGAUGAAAAAGAUUGUAGCCAACAUGACAAUGGGCAAUGAUAUGUCACCUUUAUUCCCUGAUAUUCUAAAUGUGAUGCAAGUACCUGUUCUAGAAAUCAAGAAAAUGGUCUAUCUCUAUAUUAUCAACUAUGCACGUACUAAACCAGAUAUGGCUGUCAUGGCCAUUUCUAUGUUUAUCAAGGUAAGGUUGUUUGUAUCGUCAUGGAUAUCAUGUUCAGUAUUCUUUAGGAUGUAG